GUUAAUUUUAGGGUUCUUGAUGGAGAAUGUCUUGCCGUGGCUCGAGCCGCGCGAUGUGGCAGCGCUGGCGCUCACUUGCAGGACGAUGGCAGCGGCAGCAAGGGAUCUCACAUCGUGCCGUGCCGCGGAUGCAGCGCAAGGGUUGGAAGGCUUCGGGAUCCCGGUGGUGAAUUGCGUGGACGAAUGCCGCUACCCUUACUUCGAGUACUCGCCGGUGUCUGUUCUUGCGAGGGAGAGGAGGGCAUUUGCCUUUCCGAGAUCCAUUUCCGAGAAGAAUGCCGCUGGUUUUGAUUACGGGCAGUUUGGAGGCGAUGGUUGCCGCUGCAUUGACUGCUGCCGAGGAGAACAAGAAGAUCCAGGAUUUCCUUCACAGGCACCGGAUGAUUUGACUAGCGCGAUCGAACUUCUGGAUGAAGAUGAUGAUAGCGACGAAGCACUCCCGAGCAAAAAGAAAAGGCGGCUCUCGUCCAGCUCCUGUCCCUGCGGUCGGACGAUCUUCGGCGAGCGAGCAUACGAUUCAAACUCUCCCAGGCUCUUGAGUUUCCAAAACCAGAGAGAAGAAGAAGCUCCAACUCCCGCCGAUCUUCCACUGAUCUACGAGUGCGGCCCUGCUUGCUCGUGCACCAUCCAGUGCUGCCACAGGCUCUCCCAGCGCGGCGCCUCCGCCGAGCUCAAGGUUGUGAGGCAUCCAACCAAAGGCUGGAGCUUACAUGCAGCGCAGGACAUCAAACCGGGAGCUUUCAUCUGCGAGUACGCUGGAGAGCUCUUGACGACCAAGGAAGCUCGGAAAAGGCACCAAACUUACGACCAAUCCCCGAGAGUUACGAGCCUUUUGGUGGUGAGAGAACAUCUUCCAUCGGGCGACGCAUGCCUGCGAUUCAACAUCGAUGCCACCAACGUAGGCAACAUUGCCAGGUUCAUCAAUCACUCCUGCGACGGUGGCAAUCUCCUCUCGUGCCUCGUCCGCUCAGCAGGCUGCUGCGUCCCCAGGCUGGCUUUCUUCACGCGCAAAGAGAUCCAGUCAGGCCAAGAACUUACUUUCAGCUAUGGUGUCGUCGAACCGGGACUAGAAUCGAGUUCGAGGGCCUGUUUUUGUGGAACAAGCCAGUGCCGAGGAAUCCUGCCUUCUGAAAAAACAUGAGCCUUUCUAGACAUGGAUCUUCUUUCGGGUAUAUAUUGUCUGUAAGAUCACUGUAAGAAACAAAAAUGGUGUUUUGGUUA